UUUAGAAAGGGUUGUAACCGGUUAUGGAACCUGAAACAACACGAGAAAAUACACACAAUGGAGAAGCCUUACCACUGCUCCCAGUGUGGAAAGAGUUUUAAGCUUUUAGGAACCCUUAAAGCUCACGAGAGAAUACACACAGGGGAGAAGCCUUACCACUGCUCCCAGUGUGGAAAGAGUUUCAAACGGCCUUGUCAUCUGAAACAACAUGACAGAAUACACACAGGGGAGAAGCCUUACCACUGCUCCCAGUGUGGACAGUGUUUCAAGCGGUCAGGGGAGCUGAAACAACAUGAGAGAAUACACACAGGGGAGAAGCCUUACCACUGCUUCCAGUGUGGAAAGUGUUUCAGCAGUUCAGGGGAGCUGAAACGACAUGAGAGAAUACACACAGGGGAGAAGCCUUACCACUGCUCCCAGUGUGGACAGUGUUUCAGCCAGAAAGGAAAGCUGAACCAACACGAGAGAAUACACACAGGGGAGAAGCCUUACCACUGCUCCCAAUGUGGAAAGAGUUUUAGGGUGUUAGAAACCCUUAAAGCCCACGGGAAAAUACACACAGGGGAGAAGCCUUACCACUGCUCCCAGUGUGGAAAGUGUUUCAGCAGUUCAGGGGAGCUGAAACGACAUGAGAGAUUACACACAGGAGAGAAGCCUUACCACUGCUCCCAGUGUGGACAGUGUUUCAGCCAGAAAGGAAACCUGAACCAACACAAGAGAAUACACACAGAGGAGAAGCCUUACCACUGCUCCCAGUGUGGAAAGCGUUUCAAACGGCCUUGUCAUCUGAAACAACAUGAGAGAAUACACACAGGGGAGAAGCCUUACCACUGCUCCCAGUGUGGAAAGUGUUUCAGCAGUUCAGGGGAGCUGAAACGACAUGAGAGAAUACACACAGGGGAGAAGCCUUACCACUGCUCCCAGUGUGGAAAGAGUUUUAAGCUUUUAGGAACCCUUAAAGCUCAUGAGAGAAUACACACAGGGGAGAAGCCUUACCACUGCUCCCAAUGUGGAAAGAGUUUUAAGGUGUUAGGAACCCUUAAAGCUCAUGAGAGAAUACACACAGGGGAGAAGCCUUACCACUGCUCCCAGUGUGGAAAGUGUUUCCGCCGUUCAGGGGAGCUGAAACAACAUGAGAGAAUACACACAGGGGAGAAGCCUUACCACUGCUCCCAGUGUGGAAAGAGUUUUGUGCUUUUAGGAACCCUUAAUGCUCACGAGAGAAUUCACACAGGAGAGAAGUAUUACCACUGCUGCAUUUGUGGAAAGAGUUUUAAUCAGAAAAGCAACCUGAACCAACACGAGAAAGUACACAGAGGGGAGAAGCCUUACCACUCCUCCCAGGGUGCAAAGUUUUUGCCCAUUUAGGAAGCCUGAAAGAACGCAUGAGACUACACACAGAGGAGAAGGCUUAGAAAUUGCUCAGACUGGGAAAACAUAUUACUCAUCACAGUCACUUAAACAUCAUGAGAGAAUCCACACAGAAGAGAAGAAUUACUUGUAUAUUGAUAUUUCACAUCUCAUUGACUUAAAAUUCAUCAGAGAACAUACACAGUGCUCCCAUUGUCUUAUAUUGUUGACUGAUAAUGUGUUUACUUGUUUUUACCAUAUGAAAUUAAAUGGUACAAGGUAUACUCAAA